UUUGUGUCUGAGCAACAACAAUAAUGUUAUUGCUAAUGCUGAAGAGUGUAGCAGUGUCUUGUUUUGUAACAGGAGACGGUCUGAAAUCAGCUCAUUUCUACUCAUCACUUACGUCUCCGGAGGGAUCAGCAAAGACCAGACACGUUGGAGUAAUCACUUUUUUGUUCAGCCGUUCGUGAUAAAUGAUUUAUCAAGGGGGAUCUCCCCUGAAAAAUGCGGUUUUCGAGAUUACUUUUUAGGAUGUCAUCAGUGGAGCUGUUAUAGUCAUGUUUUUUCACUUUAAAAAGUUUGUCAACCCUUGUCCUCUGCGCCUGUUUGCCUUUAUUAGUCAUGGUAUCAAACUGUGGCUGGAUGCGGUCUCCCUCCACCUGGAGCUUGUGCUUAUUGAUUUUUUUAGUUCUGCCCUCCGAUACUAGGCGAAAGUGGCGGGCUGCGUUUAGCUGUGUGAGCAGCAUUAUAAAUAAGGUUAAGGGGGGAAAGAAAGAUGGAUGUUGGUAAAAAAAAAAAAAAGAAGGCAAAAAGGUUGCAUGCGUGAGUAUAUUGAGGGAGAGAGUGAAAGUAGGGAGGUGUGUGAUGGGAGGGUGGAAAAUGGGGGAGUUGUUGAGCAUUGGAAAGAGGAAGAGGAGGGGGUGUUCUGCUGCAGUGGAGAGAAGUGAGAGGAGACUGCAGUCUCUGUUUAUGGAAGAGAUCAGACUAUGUUACCAGAGCUCUGAGGAACUGUAUUCCAAACACUUACUGAUAUUGGAUGGGACACCUCACGGGGAGGAAUCCUCAUCUGACUGGGACCCCGGCCCUAGUCUGCAACAAUGAAGUUCAACUUAUUCAGAACGCCACAGGCGGUGGCCGCCGAACCCACCAGUGGCACCACCGUAACCAUGGCUACCUCCCCAGCUGUGGUCUCCACCACUGCCCCGGACAUUUCUGGCUCUAACAACACAGAGAUCAGCAAGAAGGACAUGUUUGGGGAAAUCAAAGACAAAUUCUUUAAUGAAAUUGAUAAAAUACCCCUUCCGCCGUGGGCUUUGAUUGCGAUCGCUGUGGUAGCUGCAUUGCUGGUCCUCACAUGCUGCUUCUGCAUCAUCAAAAAAUGCUGCUGCAAAAAGAAGAAGAACAAGAAAGGGAAGAAGGGGAAGGAUGGCUUCAACAUGAAGAACAUGGAGGGAGGCGAGAAUUCAUCAAACAAUGCACACCAGGAUGAUGACGAUGAUGAAGGAGAGACUGGGAUGACGGAAGAAGAGAAGGAGGAAGAGGAGAAGGAACAAGAAAAAUUGGGGAAACUGCAAUACUCGAUUGAUUAUGACUUUGAAAACACAAAGCUGACAGUUGGAAUCCUUCAAGCUGCAGACCUCAUGUCCAUGGAUUCAGGUGGAACUUCUGAUCCUUAUGUUAGAGUGCUGCUUCUCCCUGACAAGAAAAAGAAGUUUGACACCAAGGUGCACAAGAAGACGCUGAACCCUGUCUUCAAUGAGACUUUUGUUUUUAAGGUUCCAUAUGAGGAGCUGGGAGGGAAAACGCUGUGUAUGUCUGUGUUUGACUACGACAGAUUUUCCAAACAUGACGUCAUUGGAGAAGUCAAGCUGCCCAUGAAUACCAUUGACCUGGGUCGACCGAUUGAAGAGUGGCGAGACUUGGAGAGCGCUGAUCAAGAGGAGCCGGAAAAACUUGGAGACAUCUGCAUUUCUCUCCGUUAUGUCCCAACUGCCGGGAAACUGACCGUCUGCAUCCUGGAGGCAAAGAACCUGAAGAAGAUGGAUGCCUGCGGCUUGUCUGAUCCGUAUGUGAAGAUUCAGCUGCUGCAAGGUGGUAAGCGUCUAAAGAAAAAGAAGACGACGGUGAAGAAGAACACCCUUAACCCGUACUAUAAUGAAUCCUUCAGCUUUGAAAUCCCACUGGAACAGAUGCAGAAAAUCUUGGUGGCCGUCACCGUCUUUGAUUAUGACAAGAUUGGAAAGAACGACGCCAUCGGGAAGAUCUUUGUCGGCAGCAAAGCAACUGGCUUGGGCCUGAAGCACUGGUCCGACAUGCUGUCUAAUCCACGCCGCCCCAUCGCCCAAUGGCACGUACUGCAACCUGAAGAGGAUAUUGAUGGUCAGCUGGCAGCCCUGUUCGCAAAGAAGUAGCACGCUCCAUCAACCAGCUAAUGUCCUUACUCAAAAAAAAACUUCCCUCAUUCUCCCCUCAUUUUGCAUGAAUCCCAAAAAAAUGACCGCUAUGAAUACUGCUCAGCAAAAAAGAGACACUUAGAAUAUGUUCUCAUUCAUGGUUAAGUCAAAGAAAACUCCUUUAAAACUUGGGAUCUCACUUGUUAAAGUGACACGGUGAAAGCAGAGACAAGUGUGGUUGGAUAAUCCACUUGAAGUCUCCUGAUCUGAAGAUACAUUAGGGUUCUGACAUUGGAUAAAGGUCUUUUUGAAAACAUUGCUGGAUAUAAAGCUUUAGUUUAGUUGUUAGAGCAUGCUUUAUUUACCUCAACACUGCUGUGCACACACUGGAACCAGUAUUUUACCUUGUUAAUCAGCGUGCUAUAACCUGCAAUAAAAAGUACUGCUGUACUAGUCACUGAGUUGGUUUACAUCUAUUAAAAAGCAGUAGAUAUAAGAACAUAGAGAAGGGAUGAGGUCAGGGAAUCAAUGCUGCAGCAGUCCAGCUAGAAUAACAUGUUUGUUGUUCAUUUUGUUUUGUUGCAAAAGGUGCAUCUAUGCAUUCAGGCUUUUAUUCAGAUGGAUGGGAUGUAGGACAGGAGUACAAGCGUGCCUUCCUGAUGUGAUGCUUUGAGAUACCUGUUGGGUUGUAAGAAUUGUCUUCUAGAGGGUGAAUGUUAUCCAAAAGCUGUCAUGGACACUGUGAAUGUGCCAUGAGGUUUUUUUGUGUUGAUACACUUGGAUAUAAAAGCGCACUUAUCCAGUGGUAGAAGUGCCAUCGGUCGUGUUUUCUUUAAACAUUGUCUCGUCUAUGGACUGCUAUUGUUGUGUCUCCCAUUUUCAUAUACAAGAUGUUUUUUGUCCAGACCUGAAUUCUAAAUGUACGCUGCAACUGCUGUCUGUUAAGUGUUGUUAGUUCAAGCGUAAAAUGCAACUUUGUAGAAUGGCACCUGCUGAGUGAAACAUGCAAUACAGCACACAACUCUGGACCAUCGGCUCAAACCAAAUAGAAAAUGAAGCAUGUAUCAUGCCUCGUAUUAUUUUCUUAGUGCGCUUUUGAAUCCUAAAAAUGAAAUGCUGCAGAGUGGGAAUGCUAGAACUUCAUUAUAAAUGUUGUGCGGUGUGCAGGAGACAAAGAAUACUGAAAAUAAACAAGUGUGUGCUUUCAUAAUCAGGUAAUAAAUGACGUCAGGUGACUUUAUGUUAUAUUUCUUUAUAUGUAGCCAUAUCAUUUCCUUUUUGUUUAAAAUAACUGGUGUCCAAAAGCUUCCAAAACAUUACCAAACUAUCAAUUUCAGUUUUUCUAUGUUAAUGGACUCUUAAAGUUAUCAAUGAAAGUGAGGAAAGACAGCCAAUUAGUAUUAGUAUUCUUUAGUUUUUGAAGGGUGUUUGCAAAUAUAACAAUUUGCUCAGCUUAAAAAGUAAAAGAAUAUUCCUAAUUGACCUCCAUUUGCAGAAUAAAUACAUUCAUUGCUGCAGACUAACUAUAAAAACGUUAGCUAAAACAAGAAAUGAUCAAACCUGCCUUGUUUUUACUCAAAGCUGCACUGUCAAUUUCUAAAUGAAGAUUUGAUGCAAAAUUAAAAGAAAACACAAAUCUCUUGAAAGAUCAACCUAUUUGUUAUUAAAUGGGCUUAGAUUCCUGUUUGUGAGAUGCAUUAACAAUCAGAGAGCCUGGAUUAAAAGAACAGUCAGUUGCGUCAACAGGCUUUGAUCCUGAGGCAAACUCCCUCUUUAAUUUUGGAUUCAAACCUACUAAUCUUCUACUAACCUAACAAAACAAAUACAGUUUUUUUUAAUUAAGGACUUACAACAAAUAUACAGAUUUCAAAAGAUUCACAGGAUUAACUUAAUAAUUUGGAUCAUUUUAUUUCUUUCAAAAUUCUACAUUUACUUAUUGCUUCCAUAUGGUUGAAGAUAUUCAGAUAAAAUAAACAAAAAAAUAAAACUCCCAGCAUGCUAUCAUUCCCAGUUUGUCUUUCUAUUAUUACAAUUAUGCAUUACGCAGAUUUGUUAAUAGGCUACAGCAUGUAAGUACAAGUAUGUAAAUAGCAGCAUGUUUUAAAGAGAAACUAAUUCUAUUGUGUGUGUGUUUGUGUUGUGAGUAAUUUUUGAUAAUAAAAGUGUAAAAAAAAUAAGAAAGUGUAUUCUUUUUUAUGAAACAAGAAACACAUCUGUAUGUCUGUUACCGAUAUUUAGACUGGGUCAAAGCAUUGUGUGUGUGUUUGUGCAUUUAUGUGUGUCUCAUGUUGAACUCCAAUAUUUUGUUCAAAAUGCUGCAUGACUGAAAUUCUGUGUUUUCUGCGCUGAUUUAUUGAUUUGGGGCAGCAAGUUAGGCAAUUUUGUACAUCUGCUUGAACAGUUGGUACCAAAAACCGAAAAGUUACACAUUUCUAUCAGUAAUGGUUCAUGAUAAUCUUGAAGUCUCCCUUGAAAGAGAGAUCUCAUCUCAUCUUUCUGGUAAAAUAAAUAUUUUAAAAAAGUGUAUAAUCACAAAGAGACAUGCAAAUCCCUUUACUUUUUUAUCAGAUCUACCGUGGCCUAAUUUUAUCAAUCAAGGCUCAGUUUCCAUGAAAACUAUAGUUAAACUUCUUAAAAAAAAUACUAAUUCAUAGUUUUAGAUGUUUCUUUUAACUUUUGUCUGCCCUUUGUUGAUUUUUACAAUAAAUCUCAAUAAAUAAAGUUGCCAUUUUUAUUUCAAACUUGUUUUAGACCAAAUCCAAAUUCUUUGUGUUUUAUUUGUGAAGGGACAUGCCAUUGCUGUUCACAGUGCUAUAUCGAUGUUUUUGCUGAUGUCAAAUAAAACUGUUAAGUUAAAUUAAAUUAGUUUGAAAAAUAAAAAAGUAGUUUUAUUAAUAAAUUAAGUGAUAAAUAUUGAUAAAUUGAGGAUUUAAUUCUUCUUGACAUUAAGAGAACCCAAUCAACACGAUGUACUAAUCUUUGAGGUAAGGCUGCUGCUUCACUGUCAUUUUAAUGUUACAAAUCAUCACCUGAUCUUCAGUUAAAGAAUAUCUUUUUACUUAGUCACUGAGCAAAUUGUCAAGGUAAAUGUUUGUGUGUUGAGUCUUGUUUUGUGUUGUAUUGGUGUGUCGUUUACCCCACUUUUUGUAAACUGCUUAACUUAAUGUCUUUACUAAAAAAGUCCAGUAAAACAAAGCUUUAAAAAAUACCUAAAAUGUUAACACGUUUCAUUACAAGAAAUAUUAAAAUAAAUACAAUGGAGAACAAAAACAUAACUGUGUUUUGUCACAAUGUAACCACUGGAAAUAAAACUGAUUUAUUUA